GGGCCGUCACCGCGGCGCCGGGCGUCGUUGUUGGUCAGUUGCGCGCGAUUCGGUCUGGCGUCUUCGCUCGAUAUUCGCUGCGGCAAAACCAGAUGGUUUCCGUUUCGUAGCGUCGAGGAAGCCCGCGGUGGUGGUGGGAGCAACCUCUGUUUUAUUUCUGUCCCGGUGUCUGUCUGCACCGGGGCCAGGAAAGUCGCGAUCUUAGAGUCGCGCGAACGUGGCGUUCUCCACCGCGUUCCUCUCGUUCGCCAUCCGCCCUCGUUAACUCUUUUCUUCUUCCACGAUCCUGAUCCACCCCCGUGAUGGAGGACAGCUACGCGGUGCACAGGCGCCGGAAAGCCGCGGCCCGAAGGCGGGAGAAGACUCCAGACCCAUCGUCGAGGAACCAGCUGGUAGAGACCUCGGACGACGAGGAGGGCUCGAGACGCGCCAGAAUGGAGAAGAUGGCCGACGAGGCUGAACAAAUGGAGCAGCAGGAGAAAGAGAACAAGUUGAAACCAGAAGUUGAAGCGGAGGAGAAGAAGUCUAACAAGAGGAUGAACGUGGAAGAAAAAGCUUCUCCUUCGAAAGAGGCACGCGAGAACGACGCUAAAGACGAGGCUGCGAGGUCGGCAAAGAAGGAAGCGGCGACGAAAUUAGACGAAGAGACGUCGAAGAAAGACGAAAAGUAUCAGGACGCCAUACCUAGGUCGAAGGAAGUCGAUGCUGACAACGAACCAUCUCUGGAACCGAGGAAGGAGAGGAGACUGAAGAAGAAGUCGAGGGAACGAAUAGAAAGGCAAGGUCAGUCGACUGACUCCAGCGAGCUGGACGAGAAGAUGGAGAAAUCAAGGCGAACGAAAUCACCGGAAGGCGGCAAACACCGUGCAAAGAAAUCUGCGAAAAGGAUCACCGCUGAGCCUGAUAUCGCGAAGAAAGACACCGUCGAGCGACCUCCGCGGGAAAAGAAGGAAAAGAGUAAACGGAAGGCCGAAGAGAUAGAAGAGCCCCGAGAAAGAGGACCUUCUAUGCGCCACAGUCAAACCGACGACACCGACGAAGACCCGAAGAUGAAGAAGAGCGAGUCUUUUCCUAAGCCCGACGAACCGGUCAUCAGAAGAUCCGCGUCGGAUAUAAAGAAGCAGAUAAUUCCAUUGAGCGACGACACUCUCAUAGAGGAUUUCGCCAAAGCUCAAAGGGAAUAUAUGAAAAGGGAACACAGCAUUCUCGACCCCGAUAACUAUGAAAUUUUCGAGGAUGCUCAAGAGGAAACGUCGCUCAGACGAAGAAAAUUCAGCAUUCCCAGUAAAAGCGAAGAGGAAGAGGAGACCGUGCCCGCAGAGAAGCCGAAAGUAUCUGAAAAGAAAUCCUGGCUCUCCUGGCUACCCUUCUUCCGCAAGAAGAAAGAAGACAAAGAAGCUGAAGAGCAGAAAGUUGAAGAAAAACCUUCGAAGAAGAUUUCAUCGGAGAUGAAAUUCGUGGCGAAGCAAUUCGGUGAACCGGAAAAAGUUACCCUCGUGGACUUUCUGAGAGCCCUGAAGGACGUGGUUUCCGAGUUCAAAGCUUUCGUAGCCCAAAAUCCGAAAGAGGUUCGGGUGGUGAAGGGACUUCGCAAUCGUUGCAUGGCGGAGCUUUUGUUGGUGAUGAUCUAUUGUGGCCUCGGCGCGUUCGUCUUCCGGUUCACCGAGGGGGCCUUCGAGAGUUUCUACAAGUGCGGCGUGAAGAGGGUGAAACGCGAUUUCCUCGACAGCUUGUGGAACUACAGCCACAAUAUGAGGGAGGACGAUUGGAAGAGCAUGGCUCGCCGGAAGUUGAUGGAGUUCGAGGAACAAUUGCAUACCGCCCACGAAGCUGGUUUGCACAGCUACAGCGGUCAAAGGAGCUGGAGCUUCCUGAACGCUGUCGUGUAUUGUUUAACCGUGAUCACCACUAUCGGAUACGGUCACAUUUCACCAAGUACCAACACGGGAAGGGCAAUUACGAUAGUUUACGCCAUCUUCGGGAUCCCGAUGUUUCUGAUAAUAUUGGCCGAUUUUGGUAAACUCUUCACACGCGGUAUCAAGUUCCUCUGGGCGUUCGUUCGAAGGCUGUAUUACACCGGAAGUUGCAGAAAAGUUCGUGGAACUGUACCUGUACAAGAGGUAAUGAAAGGGGUUCAAUUAGUAUACGACCUAGCAACGUUCAAGAGACCCUCUCAAAUCAAUCCAGAGGAUAUCGAGGAGAUACAGAAACAAGCUCAGCAAUCUCAGACAGUGCUGAAUUUAGAUGGAAACGUUCCUGAUACACCAGGAACGCCGGCAAUGUCCGCGUUCGCAAUUGACGACGAAUUCAAUCUACCGAUCUCGGUGGCCAUCUUCAUCCUCCUUGGUUACAUAUUCGUAGGCGCCACCCUGUUCUGUCUGUCGGAGGGAUGGGGAUUCUUCGAGAGCUUCUACUUCGUCUUCAUCUCAAUGAGCACUAUCGGUUUCGGCGAUUACGUGCCAAAGCAUCCCAUAUACAUGAUGUGUUCGAUAAUAUACCUGGUGUUCGGCCUGGCUCUCACGUCCAUGUGCAUCAACGUGGUACAGGUGAUGCUAUCAGACUCGUUCAGGCAGGCUAGUCAGAAGAUCGGUGCAACGAUCGGUUUCGCCGUCGCCGAGGAGGAUGGAUCGGUGAAUCCAACAGUGCCUCCACCGGUCGAGAUCGCCGAUAUUCACGUCAGCGUAAAGGAAUCCAACAGCGACGAGAAAAUUGCACCCAAGGCUAAGCAAGAGGACGUCGAUUUGUAGAUGAUCCUCGAUUAUGAAAAUUUAUCAAUAUUAAUGAAAAAAACAAAAGCAUACAUCAAUGUGGAAGAUCGCGAAUCUACGUUUGAAUUUCGACAAACCUUUUUUUUUUUUGCAACCGUCCGCUCCAUCCGAUCAAUUGGAUGUAACGCGUUCAAUUGUGAUAUCCAAUUGGUGUGUAAACGGUUCGUCGAGUUUCUAAGCUCCUCAUGGGGACACGUGGGAAUCAUCUGCUAUGAAUUUUUAUGGUCCUCUUCACUGCUGGCUGCACCGUAGUCGCCACGGAUAUCGCACCCGAUGAAUUCCCCCGUGUCUGGUAUGAAACCACCAUUGGAGCAUCACCUGAAACAGAAAUUCUCUUUUGUCAGUGCAAAGCGAUUUUUAAGUCAAUUUAUUGUUAAACCAUAUGAGUGACUGCUCGCUGCGUUUCUUUAAUUAAUUGUUAUCAUUUGCGUUUCAUGAAAAGUCUGAGGAUUUAUAAUAUGAAUGAUUAAAACGAUGAAAGCUUUAAAUGAUUUAAUUUCAUUCAGAAAGUUUUAAGAUAAAAGUUUAUUAUUUUGUAAAUCGCAUAUGUACAAUCAACUAACACUGACAUAGAGGCUGUUCAAAUGAGAUCUUUCAACGAAUUACGAGAAUUGAAAGAAACUUCUUUAUAUCUGAGGAAUAAGAAAGAAAGUAUCACGAUAUUACAGCUGCUCUCGCCAAAUUAUUGGGCCAGAUAAAAAUCUUGCGAUUUAUUUUUCGUAGUAUAGUGUCUAUCGACAAUAAACACGUUGAACUUCGUACUUUGUAUAUUUUAUAGAUUAUCGUGUCGUUAUUUUCUUUUUUUCCUCUUUCUUUUUUGUUAAUAUUAUACAUAUGAAUGUUAUCUAAAAAUGUGUGAUCUUAUUGUUUAAACAAUCCUCCGGUUACAUUCGAGGAAAACGAAUCAAAUAUGCUGCAUUAACAAACGUUCUUAUAAUUAUUGUUUUUCGUUUACGAAUUUUCUUGGCUUUGCAAAAUUGUUUUUACUAUAAGUAUUACGUUUAGGAAGAAAAAAUUUUCAAAUACGUUUGAUAGCUCAAUCGAUAAAACAGUUGUUCAUGAAAAACCGGAGGGUUAAAAUAAUAAAUUUUCGUCACACGAAGAGGAAGAAAACUUGUGCCUUUUUAAGAAUCAACUGUGUUAGCUACUUAUAUUUUAUCAGGUACGAUAAGAAAUUCCUGUAAUGCGAUUAAAUUACAAUUAUAGAAACAGAGCAAAGGAUACAUAUUAUGGCGUAUAAUCGUUGCUAUUUAAGCGGCAGAAAUAUACUUCUUCUUUCUUACGUUAAAAAGAAAUAAAAGAGAUAAAAUAAGGUAUGGCAGAUCGCUUAGUAUCCUAUACACUGUCUUUGCAAUUUUAUUACACGUUACAACAUCACAUAGUAACAGUUUACUGUUAAUUAACUUUAUUUACAAAUAAAUGUUUAAGAUAUUA